AUGGUAGAGAAGGUGGGUGUGGAGAGGAUCGCGAUGCCCGUCACGGUGAGGGAGCUUGACAUGGAGAGGGACCUGCCGGCGGUGGAGGAGCUCGAGCGGCAGUGCCAGGUCGGCAUCUCCGGCGACCAGGGAUCCGCAGCGGCCGACGGCGCGAAGAAGAGCAAGAAGAAGAAGAGGGAGCGCAUGUCGCUGUGCGUCGAGCAGAUCGGCGACCCGCUGGCCCGUGUCCGUCACGCCCCGGAGCAUGUCAUGCUGGUUGCUGAGUGCGGGGAGAAGAUGGUCGGGGUCAUCAAGGCCUGCACCAAGAUGGUGAGCCGAGGAAGCACCAGCAGCAGCAAGAACACCUCGUCGUCGUCGUCGCCGUCGCCGUCGUCGGUCUCGCCUACACAGCAGCAACCGUACGUGAAGGUCGCCUUUCUUCUCGGCCUGAGGGUUUCUCCCUACCACAGGCGUCUGGGCAUCGGGACGACGCUGGUGCGGGCGGCGGAAGAGUGGUCGCGGGCGCACGGGGCUGCGCACGCGACCAUGGCGACGACGGUGUCCAACAAGGCGUCGCUGGCGCUCUUCGCCGGCCGGUUCGGAUACGCGCCGUUCCGCCGGCCGGUGCUCCUGGGGCGCCCCGUACACGCGCGCCGUCUGCCGCUCAAACGCCACCACCGCGUGUUCCAGCUGCAGCCGGCGCUCGCCGCGGCGGCCUACGCGCGCCUGCUCCCGCCGCAGGACACUGAGUUCCUUCCCGCCGACAUGCCGGCGCUCCUCGCCCACAAGCUCACGCUCGGCACCUUCGUCGCCAUCGAGGGCUCCGACCACCACACGGCCACCACCGGCACCGCAGCCACCGACGCGGAGCAGCCGUCGUUCGCCGUGCUCAGCGUGUGGGACUCCACCCGCUCGCUCAGUAUGCGCGUGGGCGGCGCGCCAGCGCUGCUCCGGCACUCCCUCGCCGCGGUCCGUGCGCUGGACCGCGCCGCGCCGUGGAUGCGCGUGCCCUCCGUGCCGGACAUCUUCCGUCCCUUCGGCGCCUACCUCCUCUACGGCGUCCGCAUGUCCGGGCCGGCGGGCCCCGCCCUGCUCCGCACGCUAUGCCGCCACGCCCACAACGUGGCGCGCAAGAACCCCGCCUGCGCCGUCGUGGCCGCAGACCUCGCCCCCGGCGACCCCGCCGCCGCCGCUGUCCCAAGCUGGCGCCACUUCUCCUGCGACGAGGAUGUCUGGUGCAUCAAGAAUCUCAGCGAUGGCAAUGCUGACCCCUCCGACGACGACGACUGGGCGGCGCCUGCGCCUCCGGGUAGUGUGCUGUUCGUGGACCCCCGCGAGUUCUGA